CUGCAGCAACCUCUUAUCUCACUUCCUGUGUGUGUGUGUGUGUAUGUGUGGAAGUGUGUGGAAGUGUAUAAGGUUGAAAUUUCAUUCACAUGUGCUCUUUAGUGGCUCUGUGACCUAAAUAUUAUCUCUUGUGUUUUUUCCGCUGUUAUUAAUCAAGCUGAUUCCCCAAAGGGUGUCAGAGGGUAGGCUGGAGCACCUGAUCUUUGUUGAACCAUUUACAUCUUUUGUUUUAAGUUUUUUUUAAAAACAUUUUGUUUUGCUUGUUUCUCAGAGGUAUGAUGAGGCUGCAUUUCAGAGUGACUACAUUGCUAAAAACCCUCAGUGUGACUGGGAUAGGUCUUGUGAUAGUGUUGUUAACAUAACAAAGAACAACAGCUUUGUCUCCAUCUGAUAAAAAGUAAACCUGAGGUGUACGUGCCCAGAGUACUGCAGGUCCACACUCUGGUUGUUGCUGUUGUGGUCAUGGCAGAGGCUGUGCACCCAUCGGAUCAUGUCUAUUCAUUCUGCAUUUGAAGAUGAUGCGAUUGCUGUUCCUGUGUCUGCUGCUGCCAGCUGCUACUGCUUUUUCAGAGGAGGGUGAGGGAUCAGCAGUUGGAGCUCUGGAUGAUGAUGAGGAUUUAUUUGAUCAAAAGGUGGAUUCAGGGAUCCUCACCAAAGGUGAUCCUGGCUCAGUUGUAGGUAAAACUACAGGCGCAGAAGACAUGUCAGAUCAGUUCACCCUGAUUGUCACUGUUGUAGGUGUGACUGUGUUGACUCUUUCAGUUGCAGCUGUAGUCACCAUUAUGUUAGUAAGACGCCACAUGCACAAUCGGCAGCAAGGGAUUUACUCUGUGCCUACAGAGCAGGACCAGAAAGGGGCGGUCUAGUUCCUGGCAGAGCAGCAGUUCUAUAACACGCAGGCAAGAGAGGAGCAAUGCACUGGGCUAUGUCAUCCCCUACUCUUUAACUCAGGACAAUUCUUUGCACAACCGCUGACUUCUCACCCUUCACUUUAUUGCUCCUCGCUGCUACACAACUUCCUAUCAAUCCAUAUGCAAUAUGUUUUUUUUUUCCUCUGCUGUCAUAUACUUUUGUCUUUGUCCCACCCGUUUGUACUCCACAUACACACAAUUUAGCCCGGGACAUUUGGAACACAUUCAAACCUUCUAAUUGGAUUCUAUUUGAGGAAUCCAAAUCAAAGCCAGUGAAUAUGGCUUAAAGCUUCUUUUGUUAAAGGGAUAAUUUAGCACAGCCAGAACUCCCCCUUUUUUACUACCUGAAACAAGAAAUUAUUCCCACCAGCUAUGCAGUGAAACUGUAUUUGCCUUUGAUUCGGUACAUGUGGAACAGACCCGUCUGUGUGAAAUGGUGGCUGAGUGAGACAAACCAUGCUAAUCCACACUAAGCCAGCCCAGUGCUCACUUCAUUCUCCUGUUCACUUGUCUGACAUCUUCUGUUCCAGGCCCAUUAGGGGUGUCAGGAGGCAGUGGAAUAGGAAAAUAAAAAACAGUUCCCUAUCUUACCUCCAGUGUAAACAAAAAAAAAAGAAACAAGUGGAAAAAGCCAGUGUGAACACCCUCUUGCAAAGCAGCAAAUUAAUCGACCACCAUGAAUGAUGAUGUUUUCUUUUCCUCCUCUCUUUUUCAUUUUGAAAGGCUUUCACUUUAACAUCUUGCAGAUUGUAAAUAGCUCUUUGACUGCUGUAUAGAGUUAGAUUAAUGCCUCACACACUGGUACAGAAAGGCCGGGUGUGUUAGGGAUAAAAUCCUGCGAAUCAAAUAAAGUGUAGGGGAUGAUUUGGAAAAUAUCAACAAUGCCUUUGUUUCAUUCAUACAACACUUCAUGGCUUCCCUGUUUUCAUUUAAAUGUGAAGGAAAGCUUUUAUUCCAAGACGCCAAGGCACUGGUUGCCGUAUUUGCUCCAAUACAUGGAGAAGAGCUUUCUGUGGCCAAGGUUAAAGGGGAGGAGGGGUAUGAUGCUCCUGUUAGGCAUGACACUUUUUCACUUGUAGCUUAAUGAGAAGCACUUAUAAUACUGUCAACAAACACUGGAAAUGGCAACAUGGGGUUAAACACUGGAUUUGUCAAAGCAGAAUCUCACUUUGCUUUUCCACUAAAUCUUGUAGCUAAUCUCACCACUGGGAGCAGGGCCUGGCUCCAAUCCAGCUCGACUUGAGAGCAAAAACAAUUGUAUAGUCAUGCCCUCAUCAGGGUGCACAGUGCCUAUAGCUCUGUGCUGAAGAAAAUGAUGCAUCCCAGUUUAUUUUAGCACAGAAAGUCAGCAAAUGGGAUUAUUGACUGUGCAUAUGUUUUACUGGUCAUAUUUGAGACCUGUGUGUACAGUAUGUGUUUCUCAAAAGCGUAGCAUAGCCCAAUAAGCCUUCAGUAUGUGUCAGCAUUUCAAAGGGAGGACAACUAGUCAAAAAUUGCAGUAAAAAACAUUUCAGUUUUUUAUGUGUUUAUCUAUUCAUAUUUGCUUAUAUUCGCCAUUUCUAUUGGACAAACAAACCACAAUGUAGAUGAGUCUUCUCUUUGAAUGCUUUUCCAAAAUGUAGAGAGGAAACCAACUUGUGCAGAAAUCUAAGGAGAAACACAGUAUUUGGUCCAUUGUGCCUCACACAGGUGGCCAAAGUCUACUCCAUUAUUCCUCCUGUAUAGCCUCUCUGCUGUGACACUACUUGUGGAAAUGUAAUAAAUAUAGCCGUUGAGCAUUUUUUCUUUUUCACCAUGAUGCAUGAGGAAAAUGUAAAUGCUUCUCUUUUUUUUUAAAAAAAUGGCUAUUUUUUUCUGUCAAAGCAUUGUCUGAGCUUACUCCAUUGUUAUAUCUUUAAAUUUAUAAUAUAUUUUAUGUAUUUACACAUUUACUGAGCUAUACAUUUGCAUUGUUUGUCUUCAUGCCAAAAUAUUGUAUUUGGCUAAGUGGUAUUUUUAUAUGGUUGUUAAGUUUAAGGGUUUGAUGUCUCUCCAAAGUGUGUGUAAAAAAAAAAAAAUUGGCGAGUGGGAGUCUGUUAUUUGCCAAAAAUCUUUUAUGUAAAAUAUUUGUAUUUUUGUAUUUUAUUGCAACCAAAAAAAUUGGAUUUAAUGUUAAGUACCUCUGUUCAUAUGCACUUGUAUCCCGAUUAAGCCAUGUGUCUCAUUUGUACCAAUGACAUCUACAAUGUUUUUUUUCAUUAUAUAAAAAUUUACAAAAUGAUAUAAUACAUGGCCAUGUAUCUCACAAGAAAACAAUUGCAGUGGGUGACUAUAUCCUGUGUAUCCCAUUAUUUUUCAUUUCCAAAGCUGCAGUCUUCUUGAUAUUGUUCUGACAGCAAUUACGACAAUGAAUACUACUGUAUAUUAUGUAGCUGAACUCUGGAUUGUGUUGAUUUUACCAAAUCUGUUGUAAAUUUUUCCUGUUUUUCUCUGA